GCCGGGCGCGCGGCGCCGCUUCUUAACGCGCGUCGCGGGCGCGGCGGGAGCGCUGAGCGCCGGCGGGGCCGCUGCCACUGUCCCAGCGUGUCACUGUCGCGACAUGAGCGAGAGACAAGGAACCGGGGCUACAAAUGGGAAAGACAAGACGUCUGGUGAGAAUGAUGGGCAAAAGAAGGUCCAAGAGGAGUUUGACAUAGACAUGGACGCGCCAGAGACAGAGCGGGCGGCCGUGGCGAUACAGUCCCAGUUCAGAAAAUUCCAGAAGAAAAAAGCUGGGUCCCAGUCCUAGUAGCUACCUCACAGCUCAAAACAAAGUAAUCCUGAGAUGAUUUAUCAAGAUCAGAAAUAACACAAAGAUGCAUGUACAGAAAUUAUCAAUAUUUAAAACCCCAUUGGCAGAUAACAACCCAUGAGCUUGUGUGUGACUUCAUCCCAGAUGUUUCACGCCCAUUAUCCUCUGUAACUCACCAUUUUACUUGAUGUUGUAAUAAAAAGUUAGGGUGAAGUAAUUAAA